AUGUCUCAACCUGAGAGCGUCGUCAUCGUCACCGGCGCAUCUCAAGGCCUAGGUGCUGCAUCGGCGGUCCGGCUUGCCAACAUCUACUCAACGAUCGUGCUUGUCGCCCGCAACGAGUCGCUGCUGCGCAAGGUAGCGGCCGAGGUGGAAAUUGAGGGAGCCAAAACGCUCACAAUCCCGGCAGAUCUAUCUCUUCCGGAAUCCGCGAAGGAAGUGGUGGCCAAGACAGUCGACAAGUUCGGGCGGAUCGAUGCCCUCUUCAACAAUGCCGGUUCCGUGAAGCCAAUCGACCUUUUCAAGCUGACCGACGAGCAGUGGAAUGCCGGGUUUGACCUGAAAUUGCACGGUGCGCGGCGCCUAACGAUCGAGGCCUGGCCGUAUCUAAAAGCCUCGAAGGGCGCCGUGCUGUUCAUGUCCGGCGUGGCGGCCGAGGCACCCAAAGCAGGCAAUGCAGCCGUGGCGGUCGUCAACUCAGCGGUCAAUGCUUUGUCAAAGGCGUUCGCCGAUCGCGGCAUUGAAGAUGGCAUCCAGGUCAACACUAUACUGCCGGGGCCGGUCGAAACCGAGCGAUUGGUGACCAUGGCGACGCAAGUUGCUGAAACGAAAGGCAUUCCUCUCGAAGAGGCCAAAGAGAAUAUGCGCAAGUCGAUGGGUAUCAGUCGCUUCGGAAAGCCCGAGGAGAUCGCAGAGCUCGUCGCCUAUUUGCUUUCACCUUCUGCGCGUUGGAUGACGGGCUCAGCGGUCAGGAUUGAUGGUCCACUUGAGAGGGUGAGAGAAGGGUUCGAGGACGCCGUCCACAUCGCCAGAGUCGUGGCACUGACAUUUGAUCCCUGCGAAGAGGCAUUCUUGCGGUACUUCCGACCCCAGGAAGCAGUCUUUGUGAGCAACAUAUUCCGCACCUUUGCCAAUAUACCUCUGGACUUGGUGCUCACGGCGGAAACCGUGGUGUCGGUCCUCACGCAGCCCAACGCACAACUCAACACCAGGUUGGGAGACUCAGCCCUGUUCAUUGGAGACGACCUGGCGAGCCCCGCGGAGCGACAGUGCGAUGGCUCGGCCAAUGCGUGGAUGACCGAGGACAACGACGACCGCAAUGCCGACAUCUACAUCUGCGAAGACAUCUUCGACUGGCCGUCGAUCGAGGACAUUGCGAACCCGCCGCAGACGUCGUGGGCGCGGGACAGCCACGGCCAGCCGCGCCCGGGAUAUUCGUGCGCGGGGCUCGGGGACUUCGACUCGGACUGGAUGAAGACGGUGGGCUCGACCAUCCUGCACGAGUACAUCCACUGGGGGUUCCUGUUCGUGCACGUGCCGGACUGGUACCACUUCAUCCGGGUGAACGACCGCGGCUGGCGGGCCAUCGAGGACUACCCGGGACCGAACCCGCCCAACGGCUACGGGCCCUACCGGGCCAAGCUGAUCAAGGACACCUACGGCGCCUGGGACCAGGCGUACCCCGUCACUGUCAACAACGUCGACAACUACGUCUACUACGCCCUCUCAAAGUACUGGUCCUGGCGCUGCGACAGGCGGUUUGGGCCCGCGCCGAGCGACCGAGACGCCCGUCAGCGCGUCCGCAGCGGCUUUCGACCGCACUAUUCGUGA